AUUAUUGUUGUUAUCAAUUACAAUUGAUCAACCAUCGAGAUUACAAUUAAUUUAAUAGUUUUCAUAAACAUAGUGAAUAUUUAAUUUAGUUAUUUCGAAUUUCUGUUUAAAAAUGGGCCGCCGUUCCAUUAAUACCACUAAAAGUGGUAAAUAUAUGAAUCCGACUGAUCAAGCUAGGAAGGAAGCAAGAAAAAAAGAGUUGAAGAAAAAUAAGAAACAGCGUAUGAUUGUAAGAACUACUGUUCUCAAAGGAAAAGAUCCGCUACAAAUUUUAUCUGAGAUGGAAAAAAUUGACCAAAUGGAGUACAAUGUAGUUCAGCCUUCACCUCUUAAUGAAAAAGUUUUAAGGGAAAAAAGAAGAAAAUUAAAGGAAACUUUUGAUCGUGUAAUGAAGAUGUAUGUAAAAGAUGAGCUUGACAAGUAUCAUGAAAUUAAGAGAGCAGAAUCUGAAUAUGAAAAAAGGCGUUUCAAAUUAAUAUCAUAUUUUGAUGCUGUUAAAACAGCACAGCAAGUUUCUGUUGAUGAAAUUCCUUUACCUGUAAUGACAUCUAAUAUUCCAUUACCUGCUCCUGAUGUAACCAUUGAUCCACCUAUUGGUAUUCUAAAAAAGCCACCUUUGUACACUCCACCAUUAUCACCAAUUUCUGGAACUAAAAAACGUCCUCCUGGUGUUCCUCCUGGUAUUCCUCCUCCAUUAACUGAUGAAGAAAAUGAUGAUGAUGUAGAUGAUGAUGAUAGUGAUAAUGAAAUAGCUCCAAGACGCAAUUUAAGGUUCGCUGAACCAGAUGAUUCUAGUAAAGAAAAUAGAACUGAUGAUAUUGAAAUGUUUAUGAGAGAAAUUGACGAAGUUCAAAGAAAAAGUUUAUCCAAUAAAUAUGAAGAACAUCAUACCUCAAUACCAACACCUUCUGGGCACUUGCCUCCUGGAUUACCUCCAAGUAUUCCUGUUGGUGUUCCACCUCCUAUGCCUUAUCGUGGUCCUGCAGGUCGAAUGCCCCCAGGCCCUCCACCUGGCCGUCCUCCAAUGUUACCUCCAGGACCUCCUCCUGGGCUGCCACCACGUAUGCAUAUUCGAAUGCCUCCUGGUCCUCCCCCUGGCAUGCCUCCUAGAAUGAUAAGGUAUAAUGCUGGUAUGCACCAUAAUGCAAAUCCUUCUCCUAAUACUACAGCAGCUACACCAAAUAUUGUGAGUGCUGAACCUCAAUUAAUUAACCGCGAAGAACCUCAUCAAAUAGGAUCUACCAUUGAAGCUAAACCAAAAAUGAGAAAUCUUGCAGCAGAUGUCACUCGAUUCCUACCCACAUCUAUAAGAGUAAAGAGAGACGAUGGAAAAUCUAAUCGCCGAGAACAUGCUUGGGAACAGCACAAAGCAGCAGAACUUAAAACUAAUAUUGCAGCAAACAAUCAACAAGUAGGACAACAGACUAAAGAUGAUGCUUAUAUGCAAUUUAUGCAAGAAAUGGAAGGACUGUUAUAAUUUUACCUAUUAAUAUUAUUAUUAUUAAAUAAACACGAGCAAAAAGUAAUGUUUGCGUAUAUCUAGAAAGUUUUGUAAUUUUGCUUGUAUUAUUAUCAUUAAUAUUUGGAAAUACAUAUUUUUUAAUUUAGUAUUCAA